CUUCGUCCAGCCUCCCCUCUCAUCCUCCAAAAAAAAAAAAGAAAAAAAUCUUCGUUCAGCCGCCGCACCAAUCCAUUCUUCCCCCGCUCCCCGCGAGCUGUGUGCGCGCGCGCUGAAUCGACCUGCGCGUGCGUAGCCAUGGCCUGGCUGCCUUCCGGCGCGGCGGGCGGCCCGGCGCUGCGGGGUGCGCGAGCCUCUCCGGCGCUAUCGUCGGGGGUGGCGGCCGCCGUCAUGCUCUACAAGCGCGCCCUGCCUCCGUCUUCUCCGCUGCACUCCGCCCGCCCGUCCGCCGCGGCUCAGAGGUUUUUUUGUCAACUCUUGGAACGAGGGGCUUCUACGGUCUACUUGGGUCGUUGGGUCCAUUCUGCAACAUGCAGUGUUUCUGUAGAUGACAGACCACAUGUAGAGUUAACAGAUGGAUCAAAUGGAGAACUUCUGCAAAAGCGUGAAAUGGUUGGUGCAUUUCAAAGAAUACCUAUGGUGAUGCCUGCAACUGAUAUACUUAUGUCAGCACAAAGAAAAUCAAGAAAUGUGCCACCCACGAAGGGUAUACAAAACAUAGCCAAGCGCGAAAGAAACAAAGGUGCAAAACAACUUGAUGCCUUAAUGAAGGAACUUUCGGUACCACUGAGAACUUAUACAGAGAACUUCCCUAGAAGGAGAGAUUUACAUCCUUAUGAGAGAUCUCUCAUUGAGUUGACCUUUGGGGAGGGAUAUUAUGAAAAGGUACUAGGGCGAGUGGAUGCUCUUAGGAAAAAGAUAACUUCUGUCGGGAAGCAACAUGCUUCUGUCUGUGCUAAGUCUUUGACGAAGCGUGAAGCAGAGGAGCGACUCACUGAGGGCCGGAAGGAACUUGAGGAAGUUUUCCAGCGUGGUCAGAAUGCAAUUGAGGAUUUAAUAAACGUUGCAAAGGCUCUGCGUUCUAUGCCAGUUGUUGAUCCACAUAUACCGACACUUUGUCUUGUUGGAUCACCCAAUGUGGGGAAGUCAUCAUUAGUCCGCAUAUUAUCAACUGGAAAACCAGAGGUCUGCAGCUACCCUUUCACAACAAGAGGGAUUCUAAUGGGUCAUAUAGUAUCCAAUCAUGAACGUUUUCAGGUUACUGACACUCCGGGGCUUCUGACAAGACAUGAUGAUGACCGGAAUAACAUAGAGAGAUUGACGCUGGCUGUCCUUUCUUACAUGCCAAUUGCUGUUCUCUAUGUCCAUGAUCUAUCUGAAGACUGUGGGACUAAGGUGGCUGAUCAGUACAUCACGUACAAGCAUAUAAAGGAGCGGUUUGGCGACCGUCUUUGGAUCGACGUCGUAUCCAAAUGUGAUCUUCUGGACAGGGCCACACCCUCCAGGUUCGACGAUGCCGCCGAUGAUGGCGUCGACGAUGAACUAAGGAGAUACAGAGAGUUUGGACCGGAAGACGCCAUCCGGGUGUCCGUGCAGAGCCAAAUUGGAACACGAGAGCUAAAGCAAAGGGUGCAUCAUCUGCUAACCUCUCAGAGGGCCCGGAUCAAAGCCGAUGGGGGCGACAACGAAGAAGCUGUCGGUGAAGUUAGAUGAAAAGGGAUCGUGUUGGAUGUUAUUGUUAUAGCUUAGCUGUUCUUGUGGAGCUGAUCUGGUCAGCCUUAUCUCAUGCAACAUGCAUGGCGCAUCACCCACGAUGGAGGCAUUCAGUCAGCCAGGUUCCCUGCCUGGAGCGUCGAUCAGCUCGAGCAGUCUUCUUCACGGGUUUCUGGUCCAGCGCCGUCUUUCUCUUGAUCGGUGGACGCCCGAGGUCAGGCUGGCUGCUGCUUUGGAAGUAGACCUCUUCAAGCUUCUUCACCGACCUGUAUGUACGACAUUUUAUAUAAACAAAACGGCCCUCCAUAUGUACUCCCUUUGUUCCAAAAUAGAUGACCCAACUUUUGUACUAAAGUGUAUGAAUGUAUUGCCUCCUCCUUAAAUUACUUGUCUCUAAAUUUGUCUAGAUACCUAUGUACUUAACACAAAAACAUGUCUAGGUACAUUUGUAUCUAACAAAUGUAAGACAAGUAAUUCGGGACGGAGUUAAUGUCAUGUACUAAGAGCUACUUCAGCAGAGUCGACAUAUCAGACUGAACUUCAUAAUAACAGUCUGUGGGGCAUUUUCUUUUA